AUGGCGUGUAAAGUUUCAGGAGCAGUGAGUUUGUAUUUGUUGUUGAUGUUGGGUUUGAUGAGUAGUUGGUGUGAAGCAGAGAAGGUUGCUGCAAUGUACGUAUUUGGUGACUCACUGGUAGAUGUUGGCAAUAACAAUUACCUCAAGAAUUCUUUUGAUAAAGCCAAUUUCCCCCAUAACGGCAUCGAUUAUCCCGGCGGAAAGCCUACCGGAAGAUUUAGUAACGGCAAAAAUACGGCUGAUUUUCUAGCUGAGAAAGUGGGCUUACCAACUUCACCACCACCAUAUUUAUCUCUAUCGAACGAUAGCAAGGCAUUCGUCACCGGUGUUAGCUUCGCGUCCGGGGGUGCUCGAAUCUUGAGUGCCACACAGGUAGUCUUUCAAGAGUCGAUCUCUUUGACAGAGCAAGUAGACUACUAUUCAGUUGUGUACAAAGGCGUCGUGCAACAGCUAGGAUCUGCUGGUGCACUGCAACAUCUAUCAAAUUCUCUGUUUGCCAUUGUUAUUGGAAGCAAUGACUUAUUGGGCCACUUCAGUUCAAAAUCUAACCUUCCCAAUACAAGCACUCCACCUGUUGAUCAAAUAAUUCUCACCCUCAAAGAAAUGUUGAAGAGGAUGCACGAUCUUGGUGCACGUAAAUUUGUGGUGACCGGGAUUGGAAUGAUCGGAUGCUGUCCAACACAGAGGUAUCAGAACAAGACGGGGGUUGGGGAAUGCAAUGAAGAAGCAAAUCAGUGGUCUCUUAAGUACAAUGAAGGCCUAAAGCCAAUGUUGGAAGGACUGAAAUCAGAGCUUAAGGACAUCAGCUACUCCUAUUUUGAUGCAUACACUGCAUUUCUUAAUUUUAUUCAAAAACCAGCAACUUAUGGAUUUAAAGAGGUUCAAUCUGCUUGCUGUGGAAUGGGGUUCUUAAAUGCUGAGCUUCCAUGUAUACCCACAUCCUCGUAUUGCUCAAACAGAAGUGAUCAUCUUUUUUGGGAUCUAUAUCAUCCCACAGAGGCAGCUGCUAGAAUUUUCGUGGAUCUAAUUUCUGUGGAUUGA